AUGACAUGUACUAAAAACGAAAGUAGCUUGUAACUUGGGAUGAUUUGAUACAAUGGAUUAUUUUCUACUAGCCUGUUAUAUUCUCAGGAGAUAACGUGUGCAUGAUAGUAUAUAUGUACAGGCCUACUGGGUGAUUUUAAAUCUCUAAACAGUUUCCAAGUUUUGGGUGUAAACGACAAAUAUUUUUAAUCAAUAAAUGAUGAAAAUUCCCUGCAUUAUGUUGAUGUCUGCAAGAUAGCACUUAAGAAUGAUCAUAAUAUAUAAUUUUUCUCGGGUUUCGAGAGAUAUUUCAUUACUUGUCCUACUGAUAGUACUACUGUAUGUUAUGAAGAAUCGCGUCUUCCUAUGCCAAAAUAUGGUUCAAAAUUAUCCAUAUAAUCAAUUAGAGGAUUCCUAAAAAUAUCGAUUAAUUGAUGAAAAUUUCUGUGAUGUUUCGAAAUAUUUCGAUGAAUUCGAAAUGUUUUUUUAAUGCUCGGUAUCCGGAGACAUGUCAUCGUACCGUGCAUGUUUCUGGAUUUUAUGCAUACUUUUGGCCAAUGACGUAUACGACACUGUUUUGGCGGAAACCAAAACGCGCCAAAAACAAAAAAAUGGCAGAUUGUACAACAAACGGUGAUCACGUUCAGAAUUCUGACUCCAAAACAAAUCAACAUGACGAGGAACUUUAUCUGGAAGCGGUACAGCGGGUGAUUGACCAUGGGAGAAGGAAGAGUAACAGAACAGGCAUCGACACUUUGUCAACAUUUGGAAUGCAGAUGAGGUAUGACUUAAGGGACUCAUUUCCAUUGCUGACCACAAAGCGAGUUUUCUGGCGGGGCGUAGCUGAAGAGCUGCUAUGGUUUGUCCAGGGCUGUACCAAUGGCAAGAAACUGAGCGAGAAAGGGGUCCACAUCUGGGACGCCAACGGGUCGCGGGAAUUCCUGGAUAACCUGGGCCUGAACCAUCGAGAGGAGGGCGACCUGGGUCCAGUUUAUGGUUUCCAGUGGCGCCAUUUUGGGGCAGAGUACAAAGACAUGCACGCAGAUUACAGUGGUCAAGGAGUUGACCAAUUGAAAAAUGCCAUUGAAAAGAUUAAGAACAACCCUGACGAUCGUCGCAUCAUUAUUUCUGCUUGGAAUCCAUGUGACCUAGACAAGAUGGCGCUGCCUCCCUGUCACGCUUUCAUUCAGUUCUAUGUCUGUGACGGAGAACUCUCCUCUCAGCUCUACCAGCGAUCAGGCGAUAUCGGUCUUGGAGUGCCGUUCAACAUCGCAAGUUAUUCGCUUCUGACUUACAUGAUAGCCCAUGUAACUGGACUCAAACCUGGUGAUUUCAUUCACACACUGGGAGACGCACAUGUCUACGUGAAUCACAUUGAACCACUGAAAAUUCAGCUCCAGAGAAAACCUCGACCUUUUCCAAAGCUCUUGAUCAAACGUGAGGUGAAGGACAUUGACGAUUUUAAAUUUGAAGAUUUUGAGAUUGUUGGGUACAAUCCUCAUCCAAAAAUCGCCAUGGAAAUGGCUGUGUAGAUCUGUUAAUGGCUUUGUAGUGCAUUAUGUUAACUUUUAAAUGUUUACCAAUUGUGUUUUGUUAAUGCAAAUUCAAGUUUUAUUUGAAUCUUGCUUCAUGGUGCUUCAAAACAUGUCACUUAAUUUAUGCAUGUAUUUAACAAUGGUGAGUAAUGCCAAAAAAAUAUGAGUUAAACAUUUAAAAAAAGUAAAAAAAAAUCUUUGUAAUAUACAUGUAAAUGCAAAACUUCAGCUUGACUAAAAAGUUGUAUGUUUGGUAAAUGGUUUAAAAGAAUGAAUGUCAAACUGAAUUUCAAACUGACAGAAUCUCAACACAUGAAGACAAAUGACCCUUUAGUGCACAUCACUUUAACAAUAAUUAUUAUGUAAACAGUCGCCAAGGAAACUAUAUUUUGUGAGCAAAGGUGAAAACUACAUGAAAACUUUGACUAGCUAACUCUUCUAUUUUGUGAAGAUUGUAAUUCUUAUUUUUUGUGUCGCAUGAAUACAGUAGUCCCUAAUAAAGACCUGUGUUAAUUAUAAUAACA